UGUCUUUUUGUCUCUCUUUAUGUGUAUUGCAUUAUGCCUGAAUAAUUUUCAGCCUUUUUUUUUUUUCUUCCCUCUUGCAUGCACAUGCUAAAAUAACUAGACAAAGAUGCAAGGUGGUUACUGCAGUCCCUGUCUCUAGGACAAAACCAAGAAAGCUCGUGAUUGCAAUGCCACCUUUCCUUUUUUUUUUUCCUUCCCCCCCCCCCCCCCCCAACCAUGCUCGGUGAUUAAACUUCCCCAGGAUGGGGAAGAAAAAGGAGCUGGAAAUGAAAUAGGGUUGAGGAAAAAUCCCAUUGCAGCAGCUGCAGCCACUGGUGUCUGCUGCCAGAUGUGCUAAGGUUCCUGGGGUCCUUGACACUAAAAGGCAGUAUUAAAAUAUUUGGAGACAAAAGCUGCAUCCUCAGUGAUCAUUUUCUUUAUUUAACAUGGCAGCAGGCGCCGUGUGGAGGAAAAUCAACACGCUGGAUGUUGGGACUUUCCUCCUUUCUAGGAUGAAAGGUUGUUAUCUAUCCCGUGCCAAGAGGGAACUGAGAGCAAUGAACAUAUGGCUGUUGCUAUCAGCACUGGUGUAUUUGCGGCGAUGCCUAUCAACAUCCACCAGAGAGCAGGGCAGCUCCAAAACCCACAUCUUUUUUGCUGUGGAAAUUGAUGGAGACAGCAACACAGCCAGCUUCUUGGCCAAACAACAUGGAAUGCAGUUCAUUUCAAAGGUGAAAUGGGUGAAUAUCAGACAGCUCAUUAUAGAGACAAGCAUGCUGCAUUCCCAAAGUAGGAUGACAGAACAAGUCAUGAUCUUGUGCAGAAGGAAAAUGAGAUCCCUGGUGAAGCCUACAAUGUCAUUGACUCUGAAGAAGGACUCAGAGACCCAUUGGUGUUUAAUGACCCUUAUUGGCCUGCACAAAAGAAACUGGACCAAAAAGAGAUCCUGGGAAUUAAGGCCAGUGAACCUCACCUUGCUUCUGGGGAAACUGAUUGAGAGUCUAAUUAAGGAUAGACUAGUUCAGCACAUGGUGCUGCUCGACAGUGCUGAUGGCAGGAUAUUUCAUGCUUGA